CAUGGAAGUGGAGACAACACUCUCCUCUAAAACUUCAAUAACCUGAAUCUCAAAGAAAGGAGAUGAAACAUUACAACCAUGCUUCUGAGUGUAGAUUCAGGACAUUCAAAAGCAGAUAAGAGAAUAAUGAAGUUUAUUUUCCCAGGAAGAACUUCAGCACCAGGAUGUGGGCAGCAGGAUGCAGCUGAGCGUGGAGGAUCUGGACUGUGACACGGAUUGUCUGUAUGCUGUGUCCGGGCUCCAACACAGCAGGGCUGGGAUGGUGUGGUCGUCGGGGCUGCGAACAGUCUUUGUGGAAGCAAACAAACCACAAGAUGACACAAAAAUAGUGGUCAUUGUCGUCGUCUUUGUGGUCAUACUACUAGUAGCGGCUUUUACAAUUUGCUGCCUCUGGAUGAAGAAGAAAGGAAUGUGUGGUAACUACACCAUUCAUCUCCCCGAUUACAAGCAUCUUCUUGUGGAAAGCAAGGUGAAUAUCGACCCAUCAACAUAA